GACCUUUGUUUUUUUCAACUAAAUUUCAGCCACUCGAUAUGCAUUAUUAAGAAAGUAAAGUUUGCUUCCCUCAGAAAAAAAAAAAAAAAAAGGUGGAGAAGAAGAAGAAAGUAAAGUUUGCUAUGUGUCAUGAUCAGGGGCUUGCUGGAGUUGCUGCUGCUCACUGCUCAGGCUCUUCCCGAAGCUACUGCUGCUCACUGCGUGCUCAGGCUCUUCCCGGAGUUGCUGGUGCUCACUGCGUGCUCAGACCCUUGCUGCCUUGCUGCUGCUCACUGCUCAGGCCCUUGCUGCCUUGCUACUGCUAACUGCUCAGGCCCUUGCUGCCUUCAAAAUAGUCAGCAUCUUGAUUAUUUGGAUCAUAUCUUGUUUAGAAUCUCCACCAACUUCUUUUUUAUCUCUUUUGGCAAGAAAGUUAGUAUUUAACA